AUGCUCACAUUAUCAUCGACAACGGGACAGCAGAAUAAUUCGAUGAGUGUUCAAGAAAAACAAUCGAAAAGAUUCAAUCGAGAGUUUAAAUAUCCUUCACAGAUACCGAAAUUAGUUCAAACACAAUUCGCACAAUUUCUCAAUAAUCUUUUAGAAUAUUCCAGUGAGUUGGCUUAUUUUGCAAUCAAUGCAUUUCAAACAUCAUCAUUGCGACGCGUGCAAGUGAAUACAAUGCAACGUUUUUCUGGUUUUUGUCUACCUCGAACAUGUGUGUUUUAUUACAAUCUUGACACAGAAUUUGAUAAUUUCGUUCAAAACAUGCGCACGCUUUGUGCACUAGCCAAACGAACAUUUUUGGAUAUACGAGUCACAAGAAUUCACGCUUCCGACAGUAAAAUGAUGAGUUUACCAAUCAUCCGUCGGUCUAUAGAGAUCUUCAAAUGUAAUAUUAAUCGGUUACGUGAUUUGAAGCGACUCCAUGAGAACAUUGACCAUGAUCUUCUGUUGCCCAAUGAUCAACUGUAUCUUGCUCUUGAUUUGCUUCUAACCGAUUUCGAAUUGUUAAACUGUGAACUAGAUGCUGAAGUCAAAUUCGCUGAUGCAAUGAUUUUGCAAACUAUUAUUAAAGGUACGAGUGAUUUUCUCGAUGGAAAACUGCCAGAAAAAUUAAGUUCUCUAAAACAGUAUUAG